CACCACCGAGCAGGGGUUCUCCGGGUAGGACCACACGUCACAGCAAGGCCUCGACUCCCUCUAUAUUACCUCGCCCAUCCCACGGUGGAUCCACCAGGGCAACAGACUCCUCGCCCUCCUCCUCACGGUUUGGCGACCGGCAACUCAGUUCAAUGGAGCAGCAUUUCCUUGUGGUGACCUACCCGCUUCAAGGGCACAUCAACCCUGCCCUCCACCUCGCCCGGCGCCUCGCGCGCGUCGCCGGCGCCAGGAUCACCUUCUCCAUCGCCUUGUCCGGCCACCGCCGCAUGUUUCCCAGCUCGGCCGAUGGAGAAGUCGACGACGGCCUCAUCUCCUACGUCCCUCACUCCGAUGGCUACGACGACGGCUUCAACCCGGACGUGGACGACGUCAAGGCCUACCCGCUUCGGACCAGAUCCGUCAGUUCCAAGACCCUCUCCGCCAUCAUUCGGUCCCUCGAGGAACGCGGCCGACCUGUCACCUGUGUCAUCUACACCUUGCUUCUGUCGUGGGCCGCCGAUGUGGCGCAUGAGCACGGCCUCCCCUCUGUUCUCUACUGGAUACAGCCGGCCACCGUCUUCGCGCUUUACUACCACUAUUUCCAUGGCUAUGAUGGCCUGAUUGCGUCGCACAGACAAGACCCGUUGUUCCAGGUGAACUUGCCUGGGCUGCCACCGUUCAGGAUUUGCGACCUACCUUCCUUUCUCAGGAUUACGAGCCCCGACGAUCCCUACUUCAUAGUCAUCGAGAUGUUUAAGGAAUCGUUCGAUGUGCUGGACAGCGAAAAAGCUCGCUCGACGGCGAGGGUUCUGGCGAACACGUUCGACGAAUUAGAAUCCGAUGCGCUUGUGGCUACCGAAAAAAUGAAACUGAUACCGAUAGGGCCGACGGUGCCGUCUGCUCUGUUAGAAGGCACCGAGGCCGCAAGAGGCACGGGGAGCACAGGAGCCGAUCUCUUCAAGCUCGACGAGAAGCAGUACAUGGAGUGGCUGGACUCGAAGCCGGAGAAGUCGGUGGUGUACGUGUCGUUCGGAAGCCUCGCGGUGAUCAAGAAGCGGCAGGCCGAGGAGAUAGUGCGGGGACUGAAGGAGAGCGGGCGGCCGUAUCUGUGGGUGUUGAAGAAGGAGAACAGAAGGGAACUGGAGGGGGAGGUGGAGGAGGAGGGAGGGAUCAUGGUGGAGUGGUGCUCGCAGGUGCGGGUGCUGUCGCACCCGGCGGUGGGGUGCUUCGUGACGCACUGCGGCUGGAACUCGACGGUGGAGAGCAUAGUAUGCGGGGUGCCGACGGUGUCCGCGCCGCAGUGGUCGGACCAGAGCACCAACGCGAGGCUGGUGGAGCUGUGGGGAACGGGUGUGAGGGGCGAGCUCGACGGAGAAGGAGUCCUGGAAGGGGCAGAGCUGAGCAGGUGCGUGGAGACUGUGAUGGGGGAAGGGGAGACGGGGAAGGAGAUAAGGAGGAGGGCGGAGAUGUGGAAGGAGAAGGCACGGGAGGCGGUGGGCGAAGGCGGGUCGUCGGAUCGCAAUCUGAGGGCGUUCGUGGAGGAGAUCGCGAGCCUCAAAUGAAACCAUCGAUCACCCACGCCAAAAGAUAAAACACUGCGGACUGCAACUGCGACGUGGGAAGAACGGAACUACUUUGUCUUCAUUUGAUACUAAAAGAGAGACGAGUCUGUGCUAUUGACUAUGGAACACUAUAAUACUAUUGAUUGUACGAGCUUGAAUCGAUUUCACAUCCGAUCUAUAUUUUUCUAGU